CUCUGUUCCAUCUUUGAGUACAAGUCGAUAUUCAGUAAGAUACACGAAUAAGCGUGCGUUUAGGUCAACAUAAAAUGAUUUAGUCAGAACAAUGUUUAUGAAUAUUAUUCCGACAUCAAUCUCCUGUUGCUUACUUGCUUGCUCGCUUCCUCCCUUCCUUGCUUCUGUGCUUCCUUCCUUCCUUGCUUCCUGGCUUCCUUCCUCGCUUCCUCACAUCCUUCCUUCGUCGCUUCCUUCCAUCCUUGCUUCCUUCCUUCCUCGCUUUCUUCCUUCUUUGCUUCCUUGCUUCAUUCCUUCCUUGCUUCCUCACUUCAUUCCUUCGCUUCCUCCCUUCCUUCCUUCCUCACUUCCCUCCUUUCUUUCUUGCUCCCUUCCUUGCUUCCCUCCUCGCUUCCUUCCUCGCUUCCUUCCUUCCUCCCUUCCUUGCUUCCUCGCAUUCUUGCAUCCUUCCUUCCUCGCUUCCUUCUUUCCAUCCUUGCUUCCUUCCUUCCUUUCUUGCAUCCUCCCUUCCUCGCUUCCUCCCUUCCUUGCUUCCUCACUUCCUUCCUUCCUCGCUUCGUUCCUUCCUUGCUUCCUCGCUUACUUCCUUCCUCGCAUCAUUCCUUCCUUGCUUCCUCCUUUCCUUGCUUCCUCCCUUCCUUGCUUCUUUCCCUCCUUGCUUCCUCGCUUCCUUCCUUCCCGGCUUCCUUCCUUCCUUGCUUCUUUCCUUCCUCGCUUCCUACCUUCCUUUCUUCCUCGCCUCUUCUUUUCUUGCUUCCUUCCUUCUUUGCUUCCUUCCUUCCUCGGAUCUUUCCUUUCUCGCUUGCUUCCCACCUUGCUUCCUUCCUUCCUCGCUUCAUUC